GGCGCUGUACCCUCUUCAUCCAGCAGCAUGGUUUGAUCGUCUCAAAAGUUUCUUCUCCGUACUUCGUCCACCGCUUAGCCAAAGAAAAAAAAAUCCCUCAUCACUGAGAGUGUCAGCAACGUCUCCGGAACAUGUAAGCCACAAAGCGCCCGCCGUAAACACGCACACACUGCCAUGCAGUCGGUGUUGAUGUAUGGACGUAUCCUCACGCGGGCCCUAGCGAACAGUGUUUUUAGCUACUCGACAUGCGCGACCAGCUCCGACGCAAAGUACGCCUGGGCCAAGGGCGAUCUCGGACUCCAGACGGUCACCUGCGGCUUCCCCAAGGAGAGGAAUCGCUUCUCCAUAGGUCUCGGAAGGGGUCAGUUUGGAGACGACGCGUGUUUCGCGGCGAAGUACAAGUCCUUCGAUGUCCUAGGCGUAGCGGACGGUGUCGGUGGCUGGAGGACGUACGGCGUAGACCCUUCACUGUUCUCGACGGCGUUGAUGCGCAACUGCGAGCGCGUCGUUCACUCCGGUAGGUUCAAGCCCAACUCGCCGGCCAGUAUCAUCGCGUCCAGCUACUACGAGCUCUUGGAGAACAAGAGGCACAUUAUUGGGAGCAGCACGGCAUGCGUGCUCGUGCUGAACUGUGUCGAGCGCAUCCUCUACUCUGCCAACCUCGGCGACAGCGGGUUCCUGGUUGUGCGGCGGGGCCAGGUGGUGCACCGGUCGCAGGAGCAGCAGCACUACUUCAACACGCCCUUCCAGCUGUGCUUGCCGCCACCAGGCGUCAGCCAGUUUGUUCUCAGCGACAGCCCUGAGUCGGCAGAUACUUCUUCCUUUCCCGUCCAAGAAGGGGACCUGAUCUUGAUGGCUACCGACGGCCUCUUCGACAACUUGCCGGAGAACAUGAUAGUGAACGAGCUUGCACAACUUAGGGACACAAGCUUUGACAGCAUUCAGCAGACGGUGAACUCUCUGGCACUACAGGCGAGGAGGCUCGCGUUUGACGAAGCUCACUUGUCACCGUUUUCCCUUCGGGCACGUGACAAUGGCAUCGACACCAUCGGGGGAAAACCGGAUGACAUAACGAUUUUGCUAGCAUCUGUGACUUCCAAGCAAGGCCACAGCAGGGAGACGCUGAAGACAAACGUAGCGCGCAACACAUCUCUCGACCACGGAUAACCUGUUCCCGCGCCACCCUUCCCGCUUCGCAUCGUUCUUGUAUUGUGGACUGUGCGGCGUCUGAAAAGUCAACCUCAGUAGAGGAAGGAGGUGGUUGUGCCUGAGGUGACUACAGUCAAGAACUUAGUCUAGACAAGAGCUACAGCCGCGUCGCCACUUUGCACGGCCGUACGUGUAAAUAAGUUUUAAUUUGAAUAAGCGAGCGAAUAAAAGUGCUGAUUUAGGAGCCUCUCAGCGGCGGCGAA